GUCUAUGGCUUUUCCUUGAUUGUGUGGCCUCAGCUUCGUUCCCAAUUCCCGGCCUCCUCCAUUUCUUUACUCUUUGAGCUGCACUAGGGGACAAAACAAGAAUGAUUUCCAAAUUGCCACACCAAAAUCAUUCAAUUAACUAAAAUCCCAAACACAUCCUUCCAUUUAUUCCAAAUCCCCUACCCUUUCUUUAUGCUUAAGGGCCAAAUCCUUUGAAUUGAAAUGAUUUCAUUUUCAUUUACUUUAUAAUAAUCUCUGCAAAGUUUCAAUAUUUGCCACUAAGCAAUUUGGGCCCGUUGACUCUUUCUGCUUCUUAUUUUUCUCUCAGACCGUACAUAUAUAAAAACCAGCUGAAGCCCCCACCUUCCCAUCAUCUCUUCCUCUUAACUUUUCCAAACCUUUUGGUGAUCUUGGCUCAAUCUCAAAUUAGCAUUAAUGGCUCCACGUGGUCUUUUCUUGGCUUCAAUUCUUCUCUUUGCCUUCUUUGGAUCCUCUUAUGGGGUUAUUCACUUUUCUUCCCUGCAAAAAACUCUUCUGGUUACUGCUUCACCAUCUCCAGGACAAGUUCUUAAAGCUGGUGUCGAUAACAUCACCGUAACCUGGGGACUAAACCAGAGUCUUCCAGCUGGGACUGACUCAGCCUACAAGACGAUCAAGAUCAAGCUGUGUUACGCGCCCGUAAGCCAAAAGGAUCGCGCCUGGAGAAAAACCGAGGAUAACCUAUCCAAGGACAAGACUUGCCAAGUCAAGAUUGUUACUAAGCCUUACAGCUCUGCGAAUAAGAACAACUCUUUUACAUGGACAGUCGAGCGAGACGUACCCACUGCCACGUACUUCGUACGCGCCUAUGCUUUCAACGCUAAUGAACAAGAGGUGGCUUAUGGUCAGACCACUGACGUUCAUAAAACCACUAAUUUCUUUGACAUCCAAGCAAUCACCGGCCGCCACGCGUCCCUCGAUAUUGCCUCGGUUUGCUUUAGCGUCUUCUCUGUUGUGGCCUUGUUUGGAUUCUUCUAUAUCGAAAAGAGAAAGGCUAAGAAGACUGAAGGAAAAUGAAGAGCUGUUCCAUACCCACUUGAUAGAGUGUUUUAGGAUUUUCAUAUUUACUAACUUGUUUGCGGUAAAUGGUAAUGUGGGCUUUGUUUUUAUUGGUUAUGUUAAAAUUAGUAGUUCAAUAUGGAAGAAUAAAUCAAUAGGGAUGCUGAAAUUACAAUCUUCCUUCUUUGUCUUAAAGAAAGUGAAACAAAAAUUACUUUCACUUAUAUUGUAUAAAUGUUCAACAGCAAUGGUAUUUUUAUACUCAAAAUA